CUUAAAUCUUUUAAAUACUCACCCUUUUCGGCAGCAUCAGUUUGACGUCUGCAACCAAAGCAUCCUCCUCUCGCCGCCCACCGUCAACCACCACCCCACCGAUGCUCCUCCUCUCCCUCCGCCCCACUUUCCUCCACCCCUCCACCCUCACACCCCCCAGAAUCUCACCCCACCACCACCAUCCAUUCAAACCACUACCUCCCCCUUCACAUUUCCCCAAAACCCACCUCAAAUUACUCCCUACCGUACCCUAUUCCCCUCUCGCACUCGCAAGUUCCGGUGACGGUGGCGGUGGUGGCUCAAGCAACUGGUGGGACCCAUGGUCUGGCGGCGGUGAUGACGAUAACAACAACAAUGACAACAAUAACAAUAGAAAACGUGUUUUUUAUUGUUUAGUUCUUAUACUAAUAACUCAAAUUGCUUAUGGGGCUUAUGCGAUUGAUUCCGGAACUGAAAUGGGUACAGAUGAUGAUGAUGAAGUGAUUGUGUGGGAAGUGAAAGGGGGAAAAAGGACGAAACUUGUGGCUGAUGAUGUGGCAGAUAUGUUUGUUGUUCCGUCUGUGAGUUGGGUUUGGUGGCCGUUGCAGUCGGGUGGUAAAGGCGUUGAAACGGUGUCGUUUGGGAAUGUGGUUCCGACUAUGUGGGUUCAGUGUAGAGAGUUGUUCAUGCGGUUGAUGCUUCCUGAAGGGUUUCCAGAGAGUGUGACUAGUGAUUAUAUGGAGUAUUCUCUUUGGAGAGGGGUGCAGGGUGUUGCUGCUCAAGUUAGUAGUGUUCUUGCUACUCAAUCUUUGCUAUAUGCGGUUGGUUUGGGAAAAGGGGCAAUUCCAACUGCUGCAGCUGUAAAUUGGGUACUCAAGGAUGGAAUCGGGUAUCUAAGCAAAAUCUUUUUGUCAAAAUUCGGCCGGCAUUUUGACGUGAAUCCAAAAGGAUGGAGAUUAUUUGCCGAUUUUAUGGAAAACGCUGCUUUUGGUAUGGAAAUCUUGACUCCUGCUUUUCCCCAUCUUUUUGUCCCGAUCGGUGCCGCUGCUGGAGCGGGGCGAUCUGCAGCUACACUUAUCCAGGCUGCAACCAGGAGCUGUUUUUAUGCUGGUUUUGCCGCUCAAAGGAACUUUGCCGAGGUAAUAGCAAAAGGUGAAGCUCAGGGAAUGGUGAGCAAAUCAAUCGGGAUAGUGGUUGGAAUAGCGUUAGCUAAUUGCAUACAAGCUUCUACGCCUUUGGCUCUUGCGUCAUUUGGUGUGAUCACUUGGAUCCACAUGUUCUGCAAUGUCAAAUCUUAUCAAUCCAUUCAAUUAAGGACUUUGAAUCCUUAUCGUGCAAGUCUGGUUUUUGGUGAAUAUCUGUUAAGUGGUCUUGUUCCUUCGGUCAAAGAGGUCAAUGAUGAAGAGCCCUUUUUCCCUGCUCUACCACUUCUCAGUCUUAAACCAGCAAGCAAAGCAGAGCAUAAAUUACUCUCACCCGAAGCUAAAGAAGCCGCUGCUAUCAUUGGUCAACGUCUGGAGCUCGGGUCAAAGCUCUCUGAAAUUGUCAAAACCAAAACAGACGCCCAUGCAUUACUUGAUUUGUACAAAAACCAAGGCUACAUUCUAACAGAGCAAAAUGGCAAAUUUUGUGUGAUAUUGAAAGAUACAUGUUCACCGCAAGAUAUGCUCAAAUCGAUGUUCCAUGUGAGUUACCUGUACUGGUUGGAGAAAAAUGUCGGGUUAAAGCCCGUAAGCAUAUAUGAUGAUUGCGGACCUGGAGGAAUGUUGCAAAUAUCUUUAGAAUAUGUAGAAAGGGAAUUUAAUCAUGCUAAACAUGAUGGUGAACUUGCAGGUUGGGUUACUGAUAGUCUUGUAGCUAGGCCUUUACCUCAUAGAAUUCGACCCGACUAUUGAUCAAAUGUCUAAAAUAUGCCAUAGAAAAAGAUAAUUUUUGGUUUACAGGAAUAGUGGAAGUAGGAAAAGGUUUUUGUUAGUAUUAAUGUCGUGAACUUGUGAACGAUGCGCCUUUAACUUCUUGCUCGAGGGUGUGUUUGGGUUUGCGUUUUGAAACUGAUUUUGUUAUUUAUUAUUUUUUUGAUA